AAGGUUUAUGCUUAUGGUAUAAUCCCACAUCGCCCUGAUUCAUAGGUGCGCACUACACCGGUUAACUCUAGCGGAACCCAAAAAAAAAAAAAAAUUGGCUUCUUGUCCUUUUCUUAAAUCUGUGUUUCCAUAUAAACUCAAUCGACGUAAACGAAAAGCAAAAAGAUCAUCACAUUCUCGCCUUUCCUUGCCUUGCCUUGCUGUUGGGCUUUUAUUUUUCUCUUCCCCUUUCUUUGCUGCUUUUGUAUGUUUUCUUUUUUUCGAUGGUGAUGGAGGGUAACGAGAGUUUCGGGAGCAAAGCGAAUGAUAAGUCGUCGUUGCAGACCCGGCAACAGCGGCAAAAGCUCGACGUGUACAACGAGGUGCUCCGGCGGCUUCGAGAUUCCGACAAAGAAGAGGCUAAUCGGCCUGGCUUUGAAGACGAACUUUGGACUCACUUCAAUCGUCUCCCUACUCGCUAUGCGUUGGAUGUGAAAGUGGAAAGAGCAGACGAUGUUCUUAUGCACAAGAGGUUACUGCAUUUGGCUCACGAUCCUGCCAACAGAUCGGCAAUGGAAGUUCGUCUCGUGCAGGUCCAAUCUAUUUCUGGUGGGAGUUUAGUUGAUUCUACUCUUUCAAACUCCCUGUGUGAGGACUCUGCUCAAAGUUCUCCGAGACACUCUAGCAGACAAAGCAUACUUCCACCACCUGCCUUUGGCUCAUCGCCCAAUCUUGAAGUCCUUGCCCUUGAAGAAAAUAAAUCUCAAUAUCAAGAUGGAGAUAGUUCCGUACAUGCCAAUUCACUUUUCUCCCGGCCCAUGCAUGAAAUUACAUUUUCAACAGAAGACAAACCAAAACUUCUCAGUCAGUUGACGGCAUUGCUUGCGGAGAUUGGGCUGAACAUCCAGGAAGCACAUGCAUUUUCCACAGUCGAUGGAUACUCCUUAGAUGUUUUUGUUGUUGAUGGUUGGCCUUAUGAGGAAACAGAGCAGCUUAAAGUUGCUUUGGAAAAGGAAGUCUUAAAUGUUGAGAAGCAAACUUGGCUGAAGCAACAUUCCUUUUCUCCUACGAGGGAGUACGAGGAAAUGGGGACCAAGGGUGAUCAGAAUUAUGUGGCAAUUCCUAAUGACGGGACUGAUGUUUGGGAAAUUGAUCCUAGACACUUGAAGUUCGAGAACAAAAUUGCAUCUGGGUCAUAUGGGGAUCUGUAUAAGGGUACUUACUGUAGUCAGGAAGUGGCUAUUAAGGUCCUCGAGCCAGAGCGUAUAAAUACUGAUAUGCAGAAAGAGUUUACCCAGGAAGUUUUUAUCAUGAGGAAAGUUCGGCAUAAAAAUGUUGUACAGUUUAUUGGUGCAUGUACCAAGCCUCCAGGGUUGUGUAUUAUAACUGAAUUUAUGUCUGGUGGAAGUGUGUAUGACUAUCUUCAUAAACAGAGAGGUGUUUUCAAGCUUCCAUCCUUGCUUAAAGUUGCAAUAGAUGUUUCCAAAGGAAUGAACUACUUGCACCAAAAUAAUAUAAUCCACAGGGAUUUGAAGGCUGCGAAUCUUCUAAUGGAUGAAAAUGAUGUGGUUAAGGUCGCUGAUUUUGGGGUCGCUAGAGUGAAAGCUCAAUCUGGAGUUAUGACAGCUGAAACUGGAACAUAUAGAUGGAUGGCUCCUGAGGUUAUCGAACACAAGCCAUAUGAUCACAAGGCCGAUGUUUUCAGUUUUGGAAUUGUAUUGUGGGAGUUAUUGACUGGAAAGCUUCCAUAUGAAUACUUAACCCCAUUACAAGCUGCUGUUGGAGUGGUUCAAAAGGGUCUACGUCCUACAAUUCCAAAGCACACUAACCCGAAGCUUGCUGAACUGCUUGAGAGAUGCUGGCAAAAAGAUCCGACACUAAGACCUGAUUUUUCUGAAAUUAUAGAGAUUUUGCAGCUGAUUGCCAGGGAGGUAGGGGAUGAAGGUGAGGAUAGGCGUAAAGAGAAAUCUUCCGGAGGCCUUUUGUCUGUCCUUAGAAGAGGCCACCACUAA